ACUCGACAAGCGUACAAGUAUUAACCAUAAAUCAAUAAUCAACACUGCAGUUCUUCUUAACUCUGGGAAAGUGAUUCCACAUUCCUCAAUCUCUUAACUCGAAAAGUCGAUGGACGACUCAACGAAAAAAAUGCACGAACAGCAAGACACAAAAUCAACAAUACAGUUCUUUGAUGAUUUGGGGAUCUCUAUUGAGUCCCUCCCCCAACACACUAACAACCGUCCUUCCUCCUUUUGUCAACUACUAUGGAGGGUUGCAUGGAGGAGUAGCGGCAACUGUAGCGAUAAGGGUGGCCACAGCGUGUGCUCGAACUGUAGUGGCGGAGGAGAAGCCGCUGUUUCUUGGUGAACAGAGUAUAUCCUACCUUUCUGCUGCUUCAAUCAAUGCUGAAUUGGUUGUUGAUGGAACAGUUUUGAGGAGUGGGAGAAACAUAACAGUUGUAUCAAUUGAAAUCAGACUGAAACAGACGGAGAAGCUACUUUACACUGCUCAAGCUACUUUCUAUCACCUUCCUCCAUCAAAGUUAUGAUUUUACAAGUUAACAACCCUUAAUUUGACAGGCUCUGCUUGUCAGUUGUCAUUCUUGUGAAUUGUCCAAACCAUAAAGAGCAUCAAUAAGGGAGGAAGUCUUGGCCUCAAGUGACUUGUGUUCAUAUGGACACAAGUGACUUGUAAUUGGUACACGCUAAUUUGGUAUUGGUACUAAGACUAGUAUGGUAUUAGUAUCCCAAUACAUUGCUAAGAAAUAUCAAUACAAAUUAUUUGUGUUAUUGGUACUGAUAUAUGCUGUGUUGGUACUAAAAAUAAUUGUAUUUGAGUCACUUGUGUCCACAUGGACACAAGUCACUUGAGGUUUAGCAAUCCUCAUCAAUAAGAGGAGACUCUUAUUUUGGUGACUCUUAUUCUCUCUCCUAUGUCCACAUAAGAUUCAACUCCAAACAAGAGCCACUCCCAAAAAUUGUGAAAAUGGACCAAUUCUUAACACUAGCUCUUAUACUCUCUUGUCCUAUUUUUUUAUUUUAUUUUUAUACAAAAAUAAUGAUGUGGCACUAGCUCUUAUUUCAGAAAUUUCUCUUACAAUCUCCAAAUAAGAAACUCCCAUUACACACCUAAGAGCUAGCUCUUAUUUUUUCUCUCUCCUUAAGAUUCAUCUAAGAGACUCCCCUUGUUCAUGCUAUUAAAUUCUAUCAUGUUGCGUUUGUCUAAUACAAAUAUAUGGUCGUCGUCGUCGUCAUGACGUGCAACGUAACGUGUGUCCGGUACGUGGAUAUAUCAUGCUAGCUACUAGGUGUAUUAAUUUUAAUAAUUUGAAUUGUAUGGAGUAUAUAUGUGUCUUGGACAUUGUAAUCGCAAAGUAUUGGAGUCACUUUUUUAUUUAUUUUUUAAAAUUAGAACAGCCUAAAUAUUUUAAGCAUUGAACUGAUCU